CAGAUCGCAGCACCGGUUCACGUCAAUAAACGAAAGACUGCAUAUGGUACAUACGAAACGCGAUGUAUCAUGUCAAGAGCUGCAAUGUAAUAGGUUAUGUUUUUUAAUUGUGCUCUCCAAAAAAUGACACACUUGAUACGGUUGACUGUUGGCUACCGCUUUCACCGCAUAAUGUCGUGUUGACAAUCUGCAGUGUAUGGACAGGAGGGAUUAACGCAAGUUCCUUUACCCAAGACAUGUGCAACGUUAAAGUAUGGUUGUCACUCCACGAAAGAUGAAACAGGUUGCCUUUUCCGUAAUUUGUAUAAUAAUAGUGUUAGGACUCUACAAGACAGUAGUUUAUCCACAAGAAGAACAAUCUUUUCAUAGAGUACAUCCAAGAGAGCGUAAACAUCACAUAAGUGAUGUAAAUGACAUAGAAACAGAAAAUCAAAAGGUGCAAGACAUUGAGGAGGAUGCACCCCUUGCCGAUAUCAAAGACAUUGAAGAAGCAAAGUCAAGGAUUAGAGAUUUGGAGGGUAAAUUGCAGCAUUUGGAGGCUAAAAUUGAGAACAGUGUGUCCAAGGAUUUUCCAACAGUCAAGUUCCUUAAUUAUAAAAACCGGAAGAGAAUUUUGGUUACUGGUGGUGCCGGUUUUGUUGGCUCACACCUGGUUGACCGUUUAAUGUUGGCUGGUCAUGAAGUAAUAGUUGUAGAUAACUUUUUCACUGGAAGAAAACGCAAUGUGGAACAUUGGGUUGGCCAUGAGAACUUUGAACUAGUUCACCAUGACAUUGUAAGACCUCUCUAUCUAGAAGUAGAUGAAAUAUACCAUCUUGCCAGCCCAGCUAGUCCUCCACACUAUAUGCUUAAUCCAGUGAAGACUAUUAAAACAAAUACUUUAGGCACAAUAAAUAUAUUAGGUCUUGCAAAACGAGUAGGAGCAAGAGUCUUAAUAGCUAGUACGUCUGAAGUAUACGGAGAUCCUAAUGAACAUCCUCAGUCGGAAACUUACUGGGGCCAUGUAAAUCCUAUAGGUCCAAGAGCUUGUUAUGACGAAGGUAAACGCGUGGCAGAGACACUAAGCUAUGCUUACAUGAGACAGGAAGGUGUUUCAGUGCGCGUGGCGCGAAUCUUCAACACAUUCGGGCCUAGGAUGCACAUGAACGAUGGUCGCGUGGUUUCUAACUUCAUCCUACAAGCAUUGCAAAAUGACUCGAUUACGAUAUAUGGUAGUGGAAAACAGACACGGUCUUUCCAGUAUGUGUCCGAUCUAGUUGACGGACUAGUAGCCUUGAUGGCUUCUAACUAUACCCAACCUGUGAAUAUUGGAAAUCCUGUAGAACAUACGAUAGAAGAAUUUGCACUUAUAAUUAAAGAUUUAGUCGGUACGAUUAGCAAAGUAGUCGAGCUUGCUGCGGUCGAGGAUGAUCCUCAACGGAGAAGACCAGACAUAACAAGAGCCAAGAAGUAUCUGAACUGGGAGCCCAAGGUUCCUCUAGCCGAAGGACUUAAAAAGACGAUCAUGUACUUCGCUAAAGAGCUGCAGAGAACGAAGCACUCGCAGAGAGCUAGUUUCAUGCAAACGUCAUACAAAAAUGAUCAUGAUAUAGUAGAGCAACUGUAGAGACUAGAAAGUUAACACGAUUAAUUGAUCCACUUCUAAGAGUGGCUUGAAAGUGCCAUUAUGCUAUGGACCACUAUGUGCCAAAAUAUUCCCCGUCCAAAUUGAAUUCCGUAUAAUUUUUUACAUCGACGAGUACAUGAUCCUCAUUUGUCAACGAAUAACGAAUUUUCGUCACGGCGUUCAUGUCUCAUACUUACGUUUCUUAAUUUCACUUCAGCUUCGUUGAAACUACGUUCGUCAAGCUGUGUCCGUUUAUAGAGUUCCGUUAAUUACCGCGUACAGGUAUAUUUGCCUCGAAUGGCCACGAAUCGCUACUUAUUUCGCGACGGAAUGGAGAAUAAUAAUCGUGUUUCCGACAUUGUCAAUCUUUUUCAUAGAAAUGUCUAGAUCGCUAAACGCUCGCAACUCUUUGUUAUAGGUCAGAAAAACUCGUACGAUCGCUCGCCGGUGCUGGUGGAAGUUAUUCAUAUCCUUUCUACUUUUCGCGAGUAUCUAGGAUAAGCUAUUGCGAACAUUUGAUAUAUCGUGCUGUUUUUACUUAAUGUUUCAAUGUAGCCGAUUUUCCUCGGGCUGUAUGUACAUGUUCAUCGUGUUCUAUCGAAUUUCUUUAACGAACUCGUAUAACAUAGAUAUACGUAAUCAAUAUGAACAAGUGCGGUUAGUCAAUUUCUUAUGGAGUGUUUUCGUCACCGCAGUUUUGUUAGAGACAUAGAAACAGGAGGCGUACCUCGGCGUUUCCGUUCAACGAAACUGGAACCCCGAACCUAUGUAUUAUAAAAUAAUACUCGUACUGUGUGAUAUGUAUAUGUCUACGUGUACACGGCACAAGUGUGCUGUACUGUAAUAUUUGAGAGCGUGUAAACAGGAAAGUAAUUUUAUACUUUAUGAAUAACUGUACGCGGGUAACGCGGAGUGAACAGCUUUGUCAAGACGUAUUCUCGUCAUCGUAGCAGUUCCAUAGGGUUUAAUUUAUAUACGAGUAUUCCGGCAAGGGUGCUGUUUGCAUCCACCAUGUAGGAUAUACUAUAAAAUAUAAAAUCAAUGUUUACACUGCAA